AUGAAGAAAGGACCAGGUAGUCGUCGAAAGACCUCUGUGGCAUGUCUGAACUGUGCCAGGGCUCAUGUCACUUGCGAAAGCAAGAGACCUUGUUCUAGAUGCGUCAAAAAAGGGCUCGAAUCAAGUUGCGUCGACGCUCCAAGGAAGCGUAGGAAAUAUCUCGCCGACGUUCCAUACGACAGUCUUCCAGUCAGAAUAAAGCAAAAUUUGAAUAGCGUCGAGCAACAACGAAUGAAUGGGAAUGGUCAUAUUCUGCAUAGACCGAAAUUCAUGUCAAAUGCAGCAGAUCUCGAGUAUUCAGUAUUGUCGGACAUCACGCAACGAGAUGAGCUUGUCAGCAAAGUACCCAUAGAGCUGUUGUAUUCGAAAGGUGGCCCAAACUAUGCUUCUCAAUAUAUGACAACCGGUCACACACCGAGCGUACUGCCACCAGUACGAAGUGUUGCCGUGGAAGAUCAUCGAAACCGGUAUGGUGUUUUACUAGGCGUCAACGCGUCUGAAGCCUUGGAGCCUGAAGUUGAUCUGUUCACUACUCAUUUCCCACUAAUACCGCAAGAUCCGUUAUAUGGGUUCCCUCUUAGUGCCGGUAAAGUACGAUGCGACGACAAGGUGAAUCAGUAUUAUCUGAGCCAUGACAGCAGGUUCCCCGCUAUACAGAGGGUUAACGAAAAUAUCAAGAGUUUAACAUCUUUGUCGCUUCAAGUCGAACUUCCAGAAUUUCGAGAGAUAUGCAAUGUCCCCGAGAUCGCACAUACUUUACGCUACAGAACACCGAUGGAAAUUUACACCCUGAUUUCUCAACCCUUUUCGCAUACUCCUGGAUUCCAUUCUCUUUUGGAAUAUUUAAAGAAACGGUUUGAUAAGACUUCUUUACUCGAAAUGUGUAGGUCCCUCGCAGAAUUCCGUCCCACUUUUAUUGCAAUUGCAGUCACGCUGACUGAAGAGGAUAUGAUAUUUAUGGAGCAAUGCUAUCAGAGGACACUUUUGGAGUACGACCAGAUUAUAUCCCAAAUCGGCACACCGACAUGCGUUUGGCGACGCAAUGGUCAAAUUUCUUACCUUAAUGACGAAUUCACUCUACUUACCGGGUGGGAUCGCGAAGAUUUGAUCUACAAAAUGACAUUCAUCGUAGAAAUAAUGGACGAUGACAGUGUCCGAGAAUAUUUCAAAGUAUUCAGUCAAGUGGCCUACCGUGAUUUCAAAGCUUCGGAACAGAUGCAGAGGUGUAGGCUCUUGACGCCUCAGCUUGGCCAAGAAAUUGAUUGCUGCUGCAUGUGGACGGCGAAAAGAGACGUUUUCGGAUUGCCCUUGAUGAUAGUCGGCAACUUUAUGCCUCUUUUAGAGACAAAAGACGAACUCCUGUAA